AAACAAUCUCUCUCUCUCUCUCUCUCUCUUUCUCUCUCUCUCUACCUCUGUGUGAGAUAUGCGCGAACAAGUAUUCCCCACUAAAACCAAGGAGUGACAUUCCUUGCAGCAGCUAGCAAGAUUUAAUAAUAGAUCUGCUCCUGUAUUACACAACUCUCGAAAGUCCCUCUGCAUGGAUGCUGCUCAAUGGACUCCGCAGGGAAUAGGAGUUGUGAAUGAAGUAGAGAUCAGCAGCACAAGGGAGCCACAAGUCCAAGCUGAGAAGAGAGUCAGGCCUUACAAAGAGCAAUCCCUACACUGUCCCAGAUGCAAUUCAACAAACACAAAGUUUUGUUAUUACAACAAUUACAGCCUCACCCAGCCAAGAUAUUUCUGCAAAACUUGUAGGAGGUAUUGGACUGAGGGUGGAUCCUUAAGAAAUGUGCCGGUGGGUGGUGGCUCGAGGAAGAAUAAAAGAUCUUCAACUUCUUCUUUGGCUAAUUCAUCAUCUCUAACCAGUACUACAACGACAACAUCAUUGGUUUAUUCUUCUUCAACAAAUCCUCAGCCUGCUGAUGAACAUAUUCCCACUGUUCAAAUCCCUCUUGCAAACUCAAAACUUUUCCAAGUAUCGGGUCAAGAUCUCAACCUUUCUUUUCCAAACCAAACCAUGGCUCAUCAUGAUCAGUUUGGUUCUAUCUCUGCUCUGGAGCUUCUGCGCAGUGGGAUCUCUGCAAGAGGAUUCACAUCAUUCACAGCAGCUCAAGGAUCUUCAUUUGAAGCUAGGUUUGGGUUUCAGGAGCUCAUGAGGCAAUCAAAUAUGAAGCUUCCAUUUGAUCAUCAUGGUGGGUUUAGUGGAAGCAUGCAUCAAACGCAGGAAUCAGGAUCUGGCAGGGCACUCUUUCCUUUUGAGGAUUUGAAGCAAGUACAUGCUGGCAAUGGAGGUCAUGAAGGAGAGGAGAAUGGAGUUGUGCAGCCAGAAACGGAAUCAGGUUUGUUUUGGAAUGGAGGGAAUGGACGUGGAGGAGGAACAUGGUAAUUAGAGAAUGAAACAUGAUGAGAACAUGUUGUUUGCUUUGUUUUGUAGUAAUG